GGCUUCCAAAGCAAACGGAGGAGGAACUGAGGAAGACGCCUGGGCUGAGAACCCGAAGAAGCCCGACGACUCCGGAAUCGGGGGCUCGGGCAGUCGAGCUCACCGCGCGCGCGCGUCCCGUCUCGCCGAGGUAGUAACAAAAGGACACUAUGAGCUCCGCAAGCGGUGUGAACAAUGGUGAUGGAAAAGAAGCGGCACUGUUUGAGCAGCGGCUAUCCAAGAUUGGUGAAGUUAGAGCUGCCCUAGGACAACUAUCAGGAAAAGCUGCGCUAUAUUGCUCAGAUGCUUCGAUUGCGAGGUACCUGGUAGCGAGGAACUGGGAAGUGAAGAAGGCCACGAAAAUGCUGAAGAAAACCUUGAAAUGGCGUUCAGAGUAUAAGCCAGAUGAGAUCCGUUGGGAUGAGAUAGCAAACGAAGCUGCAACUGGAAAAAUCUACCGAACUGAUUACUUUGACAAGAGUGGACGGAGUAUUCUUGUCAUGAGACCUGGAGUUCAGAAUACCAAGAAGGCCAAGGGGCAGAUCAGAUAUUUGGUAUACUGUAUGGAGAAUGCAAUUCUGAAUCUUCCGCAUGACCAGAGUCAGAUGGUUUGGCUCAUUGAUUUUGCUGGAUUCUCAUUAUCUAACAUAUCACUUCAUGUGACAAAGUUGACAGCAGAUGUCCUACAAGGUCACUAUCCUGAAAGAUUGGGUGUUGCAAUUCUUUACAAUGCUCCUAAGUUUUUUGAGUCUUUCUGGAAGAUCGCAAGCCCCAUUCUUGAGCCAAAGACUUUCAACAAGGUCAAAUUUGUAUACCCAGAUAGGCCUGAGACUAACAAGAUCAUGGAAGACCUUUUUAACAUGGAAGAAUUAGAAUCUGCAUUUGGUGGCAAAAACCAGGCUACUUUUAACAUAAAUGAUUAUGCUGCAAGGAUGAGAGAAGAUGACAUCAAGAUGCCAUUGUUCUGGAGUCCUGAAAAUUCUGCUCUUGCUUCAGAGCCAUAUGUGAUGGUGAACAAGGACAUGGCACAAGAAGGUAGUUCAGGUUUGAAGAGUGAAGAGACUGCAUCUGAAAAGAGGGAAGAAACAGAUACUGAAUCUGAAAACAGGGAAGAAACAGAGAGUGAAUCUGAGAGGGCAGAAAUAGACUCUGUAUCUGGGAAGAGGGAAGAAACAGUGGCUGUAUCUGACAAGAGAGAAGAAAAAGAGACUGAAUCUGAAAAUGGGAAAGCCGCAGUGACUUCAUCAAACGGAGUUGAGCUGACAAGCUUGCCAGGCGAAGGUAAAGGUAUAACCCCGGCAGAUUGAAGUGUCUGUUCAUCGUCUGAUCCAUGAAUACCACCAUGAAAAAUGCAAGCCAACUGUUGAUAUGAACUCCAACACAGUGAAUUCUCAGCUCUCACCAAGAGAUGAACACCAAAUGUUAACUAGAAACGCUUUAACACACAGCAGGAAUGUGUUGCCUGACUUGUUUUGUAGUCGGCACCACCAUCCCAACCUUCGUGACCUCAUUUGAGAACCCUUUCGCAACAAUAUCUGCCAGAUGAUAAAUAACAGCACGACACUUUGUUGCACUCAGUUUCCUCCUGUCAUUUCUCUCGAGGGUUUAUUCACUUACUGCCUGCUA